UAUUUCAGUGGGUAUUUGAGGGUUUUUUGUGGAUAUUUCAGUGGGUAUUUGAGGGGUUUUUUUGUGGAUGUUUGAGUGGGUAUUUGAGUGGGUUUUUUGUGGAUAUUUCAGUGGGUAUUUGAGGGUGUUUUUGUGGAUAUUUGAGUGGGUAUUUGAGGGGGGUUUUGUGGAUAUUUCAGUGGGUAUUGGAGGGUGUUUUGUGUGGAUAUUUCAGUGGGUAUUUGAGGGUUUUUUGUGGAUAUUUGUGCGGAUUGAUGAAGUCCUCUCUCAGCCUUCUCCCUGGACAAACCAGCCCCGGCUCUCUCAGCCUGGGAAGUGCUCCAGACCCCAAAAGACGCCCAUGGCCUCCUCUGGGCCCGCUCCAGGAGCUCCCUCUGCUCCCGAGGAGCCCAGACUCGGGCCCAGCUCUCCAGGGCAGGAAUGCGAGGCGGGCGGCCAUGGCGGCCACAAGAAGAAGCACAAGAAGCACAAGAAAAAGCACAAGAAACGGCACCACCACGAGGCGGGGCCGCCCCCGGGGCCCGAACCCCCUCGGCAGCCCCGGCUGCGGCUCCGCAUCAAGCUGGGAGGGCAGAUCCUGGGCACCAAGAGUGUCCCCGCGUUCACGGUGGUCCCCGAAGGGCCGCAGUCGCCGUCCCCCUCCCCUCUGCUGGCAGGGGACGAGGAGGAGCCCAGCGUCCCCAUCGAGCAGUACCGGGCCUGGCUGGAUGAGGACAGCAACCUGGCCCCCUCCCCGCUGCCCGAGCUGGACCCCGAGAGCUGCUUCCCUCCCCGCGAGGAGGAGGAGGAGGAAGAGGAGGAGGAGGAGGAGGAGGAGGAGGAGGAGCGGCGCUGGCUGGCGGCCCUCGAGAGGGGGGAGCUGGACGACAACGGCGACAUCAAGAGGGAGGUGGACGAGUCCCUGCUGACGGCCCGGCAGCGCGCGCUGCUGCACAAGCAGCAGAGCCAGCCCCUGCUGCAGCUGCCCAUGGGCGCCAAGGCCAAGGAGGUGACGGAGGAGAUGCGGGAGAAGCGGGAGGAGCGGGCGCGGCGCCGGCGGCUGCAGGCCGCCCGCAAGGCCGAGGAGAGCAAGAACCAGACCAUCGAGCGCCUGACGCGCACGCACAAGGCCAAGGUGAGGGCCCUGCGCGAGCGCCGCGCCCGCCCCGCGCCCUGCCCCGUCGUGCACUACCGCAGCGCCGCCGACGGCGUCACCGUGUCCUUCCCCGCCGGGCUGCCGCUGCCCGCCGCCGCCGCCGCCCCGCCCGUGCCCCCCGCCCGGCCCUGCGCCGUGCCCGGCUGCCCCAACCCCAGGCGCUACAGCUGCGCCCGCACCGGCCGCCCGCUCUGCAGCCUGGGCUGCUACCGGCGCAACCUGCAGCUGCUGCAGAGCGCGGGGUGAGCCCCGCUGAGGGGGGCUACGGGCCCGCUGCGGGGGCUACGCAUCUUCUCCAGGGGCUACGGAUCCUCUGCGGGGGCUACGGAUCCUCUGCGGGGGCUACGGAUCCUCUGUGGGGGCUAUGGAUCUUCUCCAGGGGCUACAAACCCUCUGCAGGGGCUACGGGCCCUCUGUGGGGGCUAUGAACCCUCUGCAGGGGCUACAGACCCUCUGUGGGGCUACGGAUCUCCUCCAGGGGCUACGGAUCCUCUGUGGAGGCUACGGGCCCUCUGUGGGGCUACAGACCUUCUCCAGGGGCUACAGACCUUCCUCAGGGGCUACAGAGCCUCUGUGGGGCUACGGAUCACCUCCAGGGGCUACAGACCCUCUGCUGGGGGCUGCGAAACCUCUGCAGAGGCUACAGGCCCUCUGUAGGGGCUACAGAAGCUCUCCAGGGGCUGCAGACCCUCUGUGGGGCUACGGAUCUUCUCCGGGGGCUACGGGCCCUCUGUGGGGCUAUGGAUCUUCUCUGUGGGGCUACGGAUCUUCUCCGGGGGCUAGGGAUGCUUUGCCGUGGAUACACGGCCAGGUCAUGGGGCCACAUGGACACCGGGAGUUCCCGGAUUGUCCACACGGACGCAGAGGGCUGGGAGGAACCCGCAGAUCUCCACCGUGGGCAGCUCCAGGCCUUCCACACGCACCCAGAAGGCAGAAGAGGGGGAUUCAAAGCCCCCGCCGUGGACGCAGAGGCUCUGGCCACGCCACACGGACACAAGGGACCCGGAGAGCUGCAGCUCCUCGCGGGCACAGGGACUUCUGGCUCCUCCAAAUGGGUGCGGACGGCCGGGAUGUGGCGCUCCAGGCUCUCCACCGUGGACACGGAGGGUUGGGGACCCCGGCAGGGGCUGGGGGCGGUGCUGAGGCGGGUGCUGGUGUGGCGGAGCUGAUUAAAGACUGUUCUGGAA